GUGGUAGCGAAGGACCCGAGCCGAAGACGCACCCCACGUGGGGUGGUCUCGAGGACCCAGCCGCGCUCGUUUUUGACUGUGACGGUACCCUGGUGGACACCAUGGGCGGUUUCUACGUCGCCGAUAAGCAAACGUGCGAGGAGUUCGACAUGACCAUGUCGAAGAAGCAGUUCUACGACCUCGCGGGAGUGCCCAUAAGGAGGAUAUUCGAGAUACUCGCCGAGGAGCAGGGGAAGACCCCGGACCUGGACGCCAUGGCGGCGAGGUGCAAGGAGCUCGCGGACGAGAUCAUGAGCCAGGGACCGGAGCUGAUCCAUCCGGUGGUGGCCAUCGCGAGGGACGCGAAAGCGAAGGGCCUCCCCAUCGCGGUGGCUUCCUCCGGAGUGAAGCCCACGGUGACGGGCCACCUCAGGGGGCACGGCAUCCUCGACCUGUUCGACGCUUUGGUGACGUGCGAGGACGUCAAGCACGGCAAGCCCGCGCCUGAUUUGUACCUCCUGGCGGCCGAGAAGUUGGGCGUCGAUCCCAAGAGGUGCACCGCGUACGAAGACGCGGAGCUGGGGAUGCAGAGCGCGAAAGCCGCGGGGAUGACGGUGGUGGACGUGAGGCUUCUGGACGGAUACCCUACGGAUGAGUAUAAGAACACCGACGUUUAGUUGUAAAAUUGAGUCAAUUUAUGUUUAGAUUUAUUU